UUCGCGUUAGUCUGCUUGUAGUUAGUGUAGCGCUGCCCAUUAACGCGGGCUUACUCUUAUGUAUUUGUGUUUGUGAAAUUGCGCUUUUUUAGUUAUUGCGUGUCCACUAUGUUUGUUUUAAAAAAGCAGGGCACAGAUCAUGAAAAAUUUGUGUUGGUGCCGAUAAAGUCGUCCUACAGUGUUGGCCGUCUGGGUACCGACUUAUUGCUUAAGGAGGACCUCAGCGUUAGUCGUACUCAUGCCAUCCUACACCUGCCGAAAGCAGAGCAUGAACCGCUUAGAAUUGAAGAUCUUGGCUCCACGUUUGGCACAUUUCUUAAUGAAAACAUCAAAAGCGAUGGCAAGAAAAUGAAAUCCAAGUCAACGGCAGUUUUGAAAAUGGGCGAUAAAGUUCGUUUUGGGGUUUCCAAUGUUUGGGAGGUGACACAAUUAAAGUUAAUAACAGCUACAUCGGCCCUAAGCCCCACAGCUUCCAUUGAGUUGGAACAGUCCAUUAAACUUCUGAACGGUACCAUUGCACAAAACUGGACGAAUCAGUGCACGCACUUGACGAUGACCGAUUUGUCGGUUACUGUAAAGCUGCUGUUGGCCCUACUAGACCACAAGCCCAUUGUAAAUACCAAAUUUUGGCAGGCAUUUGUUAAAGCUGCACGCCUCAUUCAUGUACGUGAGCCAUGGCCACGUCCCGAAGACUUUGAACCUGUUCAACUGCACAGCAUUGACAUCAAAUGGCGCUCAGAACGAACCAAAUUGUUUGCGGGCAAAACAUUUGUGUUUAUGAGUAGUAAGCAUCUCGAGACGUACAGCUUAGUGGUGCAGAAAGCUGGAGGUGCCUUUAAGGAUCUUAAUUCGGGCGUGCGUAAAACAUUUCUAACCAAAAAGGACGUAGUGGUUGUACAAUAUGUGCCUUCCACACAGUCUCAGGGAACGGAAACCAUAAAUAGUAUUACAGAAAUACUGGAGCGAUCUGGCUCCCGUGUAAUACCCGAAUACGAAAUCGGUAUGGCUAUUUUACACUGUUCUAUCGAAAAGUACUGCAAUCCUUGGUACAAAUUUAAAGAAGAAAUGAUGAGCACGACCCAAUCAAUGACUGCAUCAGAAAAUAUAUCUGCCAAUACGUCUAUAAUUGUGCCAAAUACCGUGCAACCAGUAAAUGUUGAAACAGGCACCACAACCAGAGCUACGGAAGUGAUUGUGCCAGAAUCGGAGGAGAUUGAAUGUCUUACGACUAGCAGUGAAAAGCAAUCAACCGAGCUCAAACAGUCUGCUAAACAGAGGGAAUCAAUUGCUAGAGUUACACGAAAGCGUAGUCAUGCUAUGUUUGUGGAUUCCUCUGAUGAGGACUUAGAUGAUAAUGAGAAUGAAACUAAAAAGUCAAGAGCCAGCGGAGUCCGAACUAAGCCAAAUAUAUCAACAAAAAGUACGGCGAUUAUUGACUUAAAUAACAAGCAACUAAAAAUUGUAGAACAACAGAAAGCUCCCCCACCCACAACGCGCAACAAACCCACAGCUGCAGCACAAGCUAAUCACGUUGUAGAAAAGGAAGACGAUGCGGAACUCUUUCAAUACAAUAGCAACGAUAAAUCUCCUUUUUCUGAAUGCCCGGAGACUAGUGUUCGGGCCAACACCAGAUCAGCAGUCAAGUCUUUGCCCAAUGUUCAGAUCAAUCGGCCAACUAAAAUAAGUGUGCGAAAUUUUCUGGAAAAAUCCCAACAACAAAUCGCUCCCGAAAAUCUAAGAAACUCUAUUGAUUCACAAGCAGAUGCGAAGUCGCGAAAGCGUGUGCACAUUGAAGUCCUCAACGAAAGCGAUUGCGAUGAUGACGAUCUAUUUAAUUUUGGAGACAGCAAAAGAGCCAAGAAUACAAAAAAUGCUCGCACUUCCAACGGCAAUGAAAGUGGCGAUGAAAAUGAUGGUCUUUUUAACUUUAGGGAAGAGACAGAUCAAGACAACAGCGAUGUAGAAGCUGUCAAUGAGGACUCAAUGGACACACAACCUUUUGUUCCAGAUAAGGGGAGAAAAUCGAAAUAUGUUUUGCCCCAGCCAAAGCAAAUCCCACGAAAAAUAAAUAUAUCUGGCUGGCUCUCAUGUAGCGGGCUACAUGACGAUGUUAAGCAAGAGUUGAAUGUGAGUGAUUCGGCGACAGUGCAGGAGAAAGUGGAAGGAGUCGAACUAUUGGAUACUUUAAACUCGGUAAAGCAAGAAAUAGAAGACAAAGACGAUACUGACACAUUACUAGCGCACAAGAAAUGGUUGGCAUCCAUAAAAGAUGGUAUACAGGUGCGCUUGGGAGCGCUGAACAUAACAUCAAACCGUCCCCUUGAUCAAACGGAUGCCGGUAACGGCCAGUAUAGUGGACGAAAGAAUUUCAAAAAGUUUACCAAGCAACGAUGUCUUCAUCCACAGAAGAGCAUAGUUGAAGUCAAGCGUCUGCAGUUAGUUGAGGGAAUGGUAAUGCCCGUUUAAAUGUCAUAAUAUACUCUUAUAUGAAUAGAUUGUCUAAAUUUUGCUGCUAAUAAAUUUGAGAAAUAUACUCAA